CAGCCGGCACGGAACGAAGCGGAGGCAACAGCACCCUACGUCCAGCCACCGGUUACUGGUGCGUCGCUGUGUGUGGAUCUUUCGCUUUCGUUGGUGCUGCGAGGUGUUUUGUUUAGGUGCAGCACACUCUACGGACGACAGGUGUCGUGGGCGCAAUUCGUUCGCUCGGUUUGCUAAUCGAAUUAGUCCCGACGGUCGCAACACCCGUUCAAACGCUUCGCGCGGAUCGAAUACGCUCUUGCCGAUUGUCUCGCUGGCUGCUGGAAGUUCUCCAGAAAAGGAGCACCAUUCGUCUAUCCGAAUCCUAAGUGAACGGCGGAUCGACCGCCCAUCAAGUACGGGAUAAGAGUCCGGGAAAGCAUGGAACAAUCACCGACAACGCGGCGGCUAACGCGUGGCGAGUCCGAGGACAGCCCGGUCGAGUUCGUGGUGGUGGAUUCCGAUGUGUCAAUGUCCGAUGCGGGUCUCAGCACACCGGAGAAGAAGCCGAAGAAGAAGCGCAGUGGUCUAUCGUUCAAGAAGUUGCGCACCAACGCGCAGAAGCUUAUUCCGAAGCGAGGUCGUAAGGACUCGUCAGCAAAGUCGUCCGAUACGAGCUCGCUCGGUGGUGAUUCGGGAGUGGUGAGUGGCGGAACGGACGAGCUGCUUCCGGCAACCCCGUCUCCACCGCCACCCGCAUCACCGACGGUUACGGAAACGUCCAUCGAAACCGUACUAAAGUCGACCGAAAGCCUUCCGGCAAUCAAGGAGGAUCCGAUACGUGAGGCAGCACUGCUAGGUGCACGUUCCGACGAGGAUAUGCUGCUGGAAGGAAAGGACAAACAGCGACAGAAGAAAGCGCGCAAGCCGAGUCGUGCGGCUAGCUUCAUGAAGAAAAUUGCCGGACGGUCCAAGUCCUCGAAGGUUGCACCGAACCCUGCGCCGGUAGCCGGUGGAGCUUCCGAGGGCGAUGAGCUAUCGUCCGGGACGCUCGAGACUCCGCUGAGCAUCAAACGUCAAACGCCCGAGGGUGCCAUGUUUGUGUCGGACACUGAGCUGUACCAGGAUGGCGACAGGGACAACGGUACCUCAGUGGAUCCUCCAUCGCCAGUGUUGGUGCGGCAGCUCGAUUCCGAACCGACGGCACUACGGGCCAAACGGACCGAAAUGAAAAUCACGCUCACACGCAACUUGGUCAAACCCUCGACGAUGGAAACCUCGCUGGACGACGAAGACACCGAUCUGAACGGGAUUCGGAGCAACGGUGGCGACCAGGGCAAUGGUCUGAACGUUGCUCGGAACGAUGCGUCUGAGAACAGGGAGCUCGCAGUCGACUCUAAACCAAUUAGCUCAGACAGCGGCACUACUCCGUCCCCGAGGGCAUCAAUCGGGAUUGAACAAUCGCCGCAGUUGAUCGCAGCCGUUCGUACGCAACAGUCAUCGUCAUCCACGUCAUCAGUUGAUGCGCGCUUGUCCAGCCUGCUGAGUGGCGACUACAUCGCGGAGAUUAAUAAGUUUUCAAUCGAGAACAUUACGAACGCCGGCGCAGGAUCAGCAGGAGGAGGAGGAGCAGAGGUUCCGCCCUUGCCGCAGCCGCGCGCAUCGCUGUCGAUUCGGGAGAGGUCCUUCCAGCAGCCGCUAGUGACGGUGACGGGCGAAAGUGAGCUAGUCACAAACUUUGAUUCGCAGGACGUUGCACCACCGUCGUCGGUUGUUGUCGACGAGGAAAUAGACGGUUUUAUGAGGAAAGCGAAGGCAGCGAGUUCGGCCACCGGAUCCGGAGGAACAGCGCGGUCGAAAGGAGGUAGCAAGAGUCCUGCGACGGUUGACAAACCGGCAGCGGGCGUCGCCAGCGGGCAGCAGCAAGACUUGUCGCCGUCGUCGUCAUCAACGUCGACGUCGGCAAGUAAAGCGGCUUCUACGGUACGUACACAGGAAGCGGCUAAACCAUAUCAGCUGGGCAACAGCUUAAAGAAUCCCAACAAUUCUGGAUUUAAAUCGAUCGAACAGCAACGCGAACUUCAGCAACCGGACCAGCUGCUGCAGCAGGAUACAGUGCCGGUGAACGUUGUCGAGGACAGUAAGCGGGACGUGGAGAAGCAAGGAGAGGAACAGAGAAGCGACACCACUCCAACCGAACCGACAAUAGUUUUCGAUAUCGGAACGCAGGUACGCCCGGACAGAACCUCCUCUAUCGUUAAGCCUGCCGGUGGUCGCUCGGUAGCCGCAACGCUUGCGGUCCCAUCCGCGGGACCCGAAAGCGGUGCCCAGUCGGGAACAUUUGCCUCGAUCGGUAGCACUUCCCGCUCGCUCGACGAACUGAUCGGCGUUGGCGGUUCGUACGACGACAGUAGUCAGAACAACACUAGCGAGGGUUCGCUACGGCGCAUUGCGUACGUCGAGCAGCCGACCUUCUACACGCCCGAAGAGGAAGAGCUGCUGACAGGCAAGCCACCGCGUUCCUCCUCCUCCCUGCUGUCGAGCGCGCUCGAGUCCGGCGAGUAUUCGCUCGAGUCGGAGGAUUUCCUAGAGCGCAAGAUGUCUCCGCACGGAGAUCUGCUACUCGAGAAGGGGGCCUCCGACCAAUCGGCAACCAUGGCGACCGGACAGGCCGAGAAGCGUGAGCAUCUCUACAAAAUUCUUGUCAUUGGCGAGCUCGGCACUGGCAAGACGUCCUUCAUCAAGCGAUACGUGCAUCAGUUCUUCAGCCAGAACUAUCGCGCCACUAUUGGAGUGGACUUUGCACUGAAAGUGCUGAACUGGGACCAGAACACAAUCAUCCGUCUCCAGCUAUGGGAUAUUGCCGGGCAAGAGCGGUUCGGUAACAUGACCCGUGUGUACUACAAGGAAGCAGUUGGUGCAUUCAUCGUUUUCGACGUAACACGCAGUGCCACAUUCGACGCAGUAAUCAAGUGGAAGAACGAUCUUGACUCCAAAGUGCAACUUCCCGAUGGAAAGCCUAUUCCGUGCAUACUCUUAGCCAACAAGAGUGACCAACAAAAGCAGGGAAUUGUGACGACACCCGCCAAACUGGACGAGUACGUCAAGGAGCACGGCUUCGCGGGAUGGUUCGAAACGUCGGCAAAGGAGAAUGUGAACAUUGAAGAAGCGGCCAAAUCGUUAGUUAAUAAGAUUUUAAUGAAUGACAAACUUCUAAACACCGGUGAGGUCAUCGAUUCCGAACGCUUCGGCCUGGUCGGAGGAAAGACGGACACGAGCCAGAAAAAAUCCUGUUCUUGCUGACCAAACCGUAGACCAGGCAGCACUCGCCCUAGCACACUCACACACCAGCGACCGUAUUUGUUUAUAUCCGUGUGUUGGAGCGGGUGCUUUGUGUGUGUGUAUGUGUGACCGUUUUGCUGUUACGCCAUCGCUUAUGAUUUGCUAACGUCUGUUUGUUUGUUUAUUUGUUUAACUUUUAAUUGUUUUUACCAUGUUUGACUUUCCCCGUCUUUCCCAUUUUUUGUCUCGAUCCCCAACCUUUUGGUUUAACAACAACACUUUGAUUAUCACUAACCAUUAUACUACUCUAAAACUGUACGCUACUCCACAACUAUGAUCACAAUCGAGUUGUUACUAAAACACUAGACCUGUAACUAAACCACAAGCAAGCCAAGUUCCCCCUUAACGCGGCACCAUUCAUCAACUUUCGUUGCAUACGAUUCGCGAGGUUUUCGGUUGCUGCAAACUCCUGGGGUGUAAACUAAUGCAGCCAAAACUAGAUCAUCCAAGCCGAGCCACUUACAUGGCACCCGCCAAAGGGUGUUACCGAAACCAUCCAAAGUGCAGCGAUUUACAAAAGGUAGAACGCAUGAUAAAACAAAUACCUCCUCCCAUCUACCGUGCUGGGUGGGUGAGCGCCCGAUUGUUAUUGUUGAAGGUGUUGUAGUCGAUCAUGUUGGCCUUUAUGAUGAAGAUGGCAAGUUCGCGUUGAUCGCAAUGCAAAACAAAAAACGUAAAAUUGUUGUAGGACCAUCUGUUCGAAUUAACCAGCAAAGCAAAGUAAGCGCAAAGGAAUAUUUACUGCUUUUGAAACCGCUUUAAACAGUACAUGCAACAUGUUUCGGAUUAAAGAAUCUAAAAUGGAGAAGAGGUAUAGUGAGUGUAGAGCGCUUCUUCUGGAUCUGCUUAGACGAGCAGAUUUGCUCUCGAAGACUCCACACAUUACUGGCAUCGUGCUUUCAACGUAACAAAAAAAAAAAAAACGCAUGGCUAAACACCGCGCUCAACAAACCCAACGUUUGGCAGGCAACCGAUCAAAUGCAACAUUUAGGAGGUAGAACGCCGUGAUCGGUGUAACUUAUUCGACUAGUUUGUUCGCGCCUAGUGUUGCGUGAGUUUCGUGUGCAACCAAAUGCAGCUGAAAGGACAUCGUAUGAUAAAUCGUUAGGUUAGAAAACAAGAGAUAAAAUCUUUUUAAAAGAG